GGGUGGCGAAGCCCUGGUGGGACCCCUCAAUCCUGGGCGCUCCUUCCUGACAGCCACCCAGGGAAGCAGCGCUGCCAACCCGCCACGGCCUCCCUUUCCGCGGGCAAGGGAUGUGUGCCCGUGUGCGUGGUCUGCGCGCCGCCCUGGUUGUCCGUGUGCGGAUCCUUUUACCGCCUCCCUCUCCGGGGGUGGCCAGGGUCUGAGGAGCAUCCCGCCCGGCGGGAUCCACCCUGGCUAGCUGGGGCCGGUGAAAAUGAGUUCCUCAGUAAGAAGAAAAGGCAAGCCAGGCAAAGGAGGUGGAAAAGGGUCUUCUAGAGGAGGAAGAGGAGGCAGGAGUCACACUAGUAAAUCUCAUGGGGGUGGCAGCAGUGGUGGUGGCAGUGCUGGCAACAGAAAGGCCUCGAGUAGAAUUUGGGAUGACGGUGACGACUUUUGUAUCUUCAGUGAAUCGAGGCGCACGUUCAGACCUAGCAACAGUAGAAAAGGAGAGGCACGCCCCAAAUGGAAGCCCGAAGCCAAAAUGCCCCUUCAGACUCUGCAUAUGACUUCUGAGAAUCAAGAGAAAGUGAAAGCUCUUCUCCGAGACCUGCAAGAACAAGAUGCGGAUGCUGGAUCUGAAAGAGGCAUUUCUGGGGAAGAGGAAGAUGACGAGCCUGAUUGUGAUGAUGAACAGUACUGGCCUGCUGGCCGAGAAGCUUCCCUUGUUCCCGACUGUGACCCUUUGGAAUGUGCUGGCUCAGGCCGAGUGGAGCCUCCUAAUCCAGAAUUCACAGUCUCAACAUUUGCAGUGCAGAAACUUGCCAGGUAUGGGUUCAACCCUGAACGCUGUCAGGCAGCCCUGCGGAUCUGUGAUGGAGAUGUGGGGGCAUCGCUGGAACAUCUGCUCACACAGUGUUUUUCAGAGACAUUCGGGGAGAGGAUGAAGCUCUCUGAGGCGGUUGCCCAUGUGAGCGUGGAUGAGUGUGUGGAACAGCGGCAGGAAGAGGCAUUUGCUCUGAAGUCAAUCUGUGGAGAAAAAUUUAUCGAAAGAAUUCAGAACCGAGUCUGGACCAUUGGAUUGGAAUUGGAGUAUUUGACGAGUAAAUUCUGCAAAUCAAAGCAAAAGGAAAGCACCAAAAAUACACAGGAGACUUCACUUGAAAUCUGUAAAUUUUACCUCAAAGGAAAUUGUAAAUUUGGAUCAAGAUGCAAAUUCAAACAUGAAGUGCCCCCAAAUCAAAUUGUCGGAAGAGCAGAAAGAAUUGUAGAUGAUUCUCAUCUUAAUGCUCAUGAAGAUGCCUCUUUUUUAUAUGAACUUGAAAUUCGAUUUUCUAAAGACCACAAAUACCCCUAUCAAGCUCCCCUUGUGGCAUUUUAUUCCACCAAUGAGAAUCUACCUCUGGCUUGUCGUUUACAUAUCUCUGAGUUCCUUUAUGGCAAGGCCUUGACAUUUGCAGAAACUUCCGAACCUGUUGUAUAUUCUUUGAUAACCCUUUUAGAGGAAGAAUCAGAAAUAGUCAAUUUACUAACAAACACCCAUCACAAAUACAGUGUCCCUCCUGUGAACUUUCCACCAGUAUCGUCUGGGACCAGAAUAAAUAAUCCUGUCUGUCGUAAACCAGUGAUCCCAAACAAUUCUUUCGCUCCAAAUCAGACUCCUGAAGAGAGUGACUCUCCCCCUUUGCUAAAGAAAGGGCUCCAUAUGGAAAAUGUUUCCUUUUAUCCCCUGCAAGUUGAAAAAGAAUCAGAACCUGAGGAGGAUUCAGAGGAGGAUGAAGGUCCUGCACCAGUUAUAGUGGAGAAUGAGAGCUAUGUGAACCUUAAGAAAAAGAUUUCCAGAAGAUAUGACUGGCAGGCAAAAUCAGUACAUGCUGAAAAUGCUAAACUCUGCAAGCAGUUCCGAAUCAAACAGGCUUCCAGACAGUUCCAGGCAAUUCUGCAAGAAAGACAAUCGCUCCCUGCUUGGGAAGAAAAAGAAACCAUUCUUAAAUUGUUGAGCGAUCACCAAGUGCUUGUUAUAAGUGGUAUGACUGGAUGUGGAAAAACCACACAGAUUCCUCAGUUUAUUCUGGAUGAUUCUCUGAAUGGACCACCUGAGAAGGUGGCCAAUAUCAUCUGUACGCAACCCAGACGAAUCUCGGCAAUAUCUGUUGCUGAACGUGUUGCUAAAGAAAGGACAGAAAGAGUGGGUCUGACUGUGGGGUACCAGAUCCGGCUGGAAAGUGUCAAGUCCUCAGCCACCAGACUGUUGUACUGCACCACAGGCGUGCUGCUGAGAAGGCUGGAGGGAGACACAGCUCUACAAGGAAUCACCCAUAUCAUUGUUGAUGAAGUUCAUGAGAGGACAGAAGAAAGUGACUUCUUGCUGCUCGUCUUGAAGGACAUUUUGUUGCAGAGACCAACUCUUCAAGUUAUUCUAAUGAGUGCAACUUUAAAUGCUGAGCUCUUUUCAGAAUAUUUCAGUUCCUGCCCAAUUAUUACUAUCCCAGGUCGUACAUUUCCUGUUGAUCAGUUUUUUCUGGAAGAUGCAAUUGCUGUGACAAGGUACGUGCUGCAGGAUGGGAGCCCUUAUCUGCGCUCCAUGAAACAGAUGUCAAAGGAGAAGCUUAAAGCGAGGCGCAGCAGAACUGCGUUUGAAGAAGUAGAGGAAGACCUGAGGCUCUCCCUUCACCUCCAGCACCAGGAUUCUGUCAGAGAUGCAGUGCCAGACCAACAGUUGGAUUUCAAGCAGCUCCUGGCCCGCUAUAAAGGGGUUAGCAAAUCAGUCAUCAAAACUAUGUCCAUCAUGGAUUUCGAAAAGGUUAAUCUGGAAUUAAUAGAGGCCUUGUUAGAGUGGAUCGUGGAUGGAAAGCACUCCUACCCUCCAGGGGCUAUACUUGUAUUUUUACCGGGACUAGCAGAAAUCAAAAUGCUAUAUGAACAGCUACAGUCCAAUUCUCUUUUCAACAACAGACGCAGUAAUCGAUGCGUGGUUCACCCACUUCAUUCAUCUUUAUCCAGUGAAGAGCAGCAGGCUGUGUUUGUAAAACCCCCUGUGGGUGUAACUAAGAUUAUAAUUUCUACCAACAUUGCUGAGACAUCCAUAACCAUUGAUGAUGUUGUCUAUGUCAUCGAUUCUGGGAAAAUGAAAGAAAAGAGAUAUGAUGCCAGCAAAGGGAUGGAAAGCCUAGAGGAUACUUUUGUCUCUCAAGCCAAUGCUCUGCAAAGAAAAGGUCGAGCGGGCCGUGUUGCCUCUGGGGUCUGCUUCCAUUUAUUUACCAGCCAUCACUUCAAUCACCAGCUCUUAAAGCAGCAGCUACCAGAAAUACAAAGAGUGCCAUUGGAACAGCUGUGUCUGAGAAUUAAAAUUUUAGAGAUGUUUAGCACUCACAGUCUCCAGUCUGUUUUCUCUCGGCUCAUUGAGCCGCCGCACCCAGAUUCUCUCCGUGCCUCAAAAAUACGAUUACGAGACUUAGGAGCGUUAACUCCAGAUGAAAAGCUGACCCCUCUAGGGUAUCACCUGGCCUCCCUGCCGGUGGACGUGAGAAUCGGCAAACUGAUGCUGUUUGGGUCUAUCUUCCGCUGCUUGGAUCCUGCCCUCACCAUUGCCGCCAGCUUGGCUUUUAAGUCUCCUUUUGUGUCUCCCUGGGAUAAAAAAGAGGAAGCUAACCAGAAAAAGCUAGAAUUUGCAUUUUCCAACAGUGAUUAUCUGGCCCUUCUGCGAGCAUAUAAAGGAUGGCAGCUAAGUACAAAAGAAGGCAUGCGUGCAAGUUACAAUUACUGCAGACAGAACUUCCUGUCCGGAAGAGUUCUUCAGGAAAUGGCCAGCCUCAAACGACAAUUCACUGAACUGUUAUCAGACAUCGGCUUUGUAAAGGAGGGACUCAGAGCAAGGGAAAUUGAGAAAAGGGCCCAAGCAGGAGACGGUAUCUUGGAUGCCACAGGCGAAGAGGCAAACUCAAAUGCUGAGAACCCCAAGCUGAUAUCAGCAAUGCUGUGUGCUGCUCUUUAUCCAAAUGUAGUGCAGGUGAAAAGCCCAGAAGGGAAAUUUCACAAGACCAGUACCGGAGCUGUCAGAAUGCAACCAAAAUCAGAGGAGCUGAAGUUUGUCACCAAGAACGAUGGAUAUGUGCACAUUCACCCUUCCUCGGUGAACUAUCAGGUCAGACACUUUGACAGCCCCUACCUGGUGUACCACGAAAAGAUCAGAACCAGUCGGGUGUUCAUCCGAGACUGCAGCAUGGUGUCCGUGUACCCGCUGGUCUUGUUCGGGGGAGGCCAGGUGAGCGUGCAGCUUCAGAGAGGAGCGUUUGUCGUGUCCCUGGAUGAUGGCUGGAUCCGUUUCGCGGCUGCCUCCCAUCAGGUGGCCGAAUUAGUAAAGGAACUUCGUUGUGAACUUGACCAGCUCCUCCAGGAUAAGAUAAAAAACCCGAGCACAGAUCUGUGUACGUGUCCUCGAGGAUCCCGCAUCAUCAGCAUGAUUGUGAAACUUGUCACCACACAAUAAAGACCUGCCUCGGGAGAGCGCCUGCCCCGCCCCUUGUGCUCCCCUGGGAAAUAACGGCAGCACCUCCACCUCCAGCCAAGCCCUGAGGCGCCGCGCACGAGGGAAGCCUCCCAGACCCCCAGACCGGCAGGGGGCGCUCCCAGCACAAUUUGGAGUGUGGGUGUGAGGCGGUCGAAAAACCAGCUUUGCCUGUCUUUUUCUCUGGGACUGUCCUGGAAUGAAGGAAAUUCACCCAGUAACACAAAAGUGAAUGUUUAAUACAAUUCUGUUUUAUUCUAUGUAUUUUUUUUCUCCUGCUUUUUACUAGGGUGAGGGAGGAGCAUGAGGAGAAAUACUGAAUGUUUUUUCUAUCAUAACGGCUCAUCUGAAAGAAGUUAGAACGGAAAAAGGACAAAAAAAAAAUCAUGUGAGCAAGAAAAAUUAAAAUUUCAUUUUAGGCUCUUGGCUACAAAGCAAACUUGACUUGUGAGGGAUUUUUACUUUUACUCAUUAAAGGUCAACCGAAAAAAACAAACUUAAA